CGAAUGGUGUAAAGUCCACUGUGCAUGAACAUUCGGGCUGAGCUCACUGUGAACAGAGGAAAUGACAUAAUGGCCCUCUCAUAAAGUCCCUGUCCACGUUCACAUGCUCUUCUCGUAGCGUCUUGGUGCCGGGGUGUGGUCGCGUAUUCCGUUUAAUACCAACGCUGGACUGUAUCUCAGUCUGCUCUGUUCAACUUAAAACCUCCAGCUCUGCGUUUCUAACUUGGAUAACAAUGAGACGUCUCCUCCAGUGUUAACAGCAAGAGAAAAGGUUUUGCUGUAGACGAGGGAACUGAAGACUACACAAUAAAGAUGGGAUUCCUUAAAAUGCUUAAAACUCAGUUCCUGUGUCAUCUCAUUAUCUGUUAUGUGUUCCUGGUCAGCGGGUUUAUUAUCAACCUGCUGCAGAUUUGUACUCUACCACUGUGGCCAAUAAACAAGCAACUCGCACGCAAGAUCAACUGCAGAUUGGCUUAUUCCAUUUCCAGUCAACUGGUGGCACUGUUGGAAUGGUGGUCCGGGACAGAAUGCACGCUUUACACCGACCCGGAAAGCUUUUCUUACUUCGGCAAAGAAAACGCCAUUGUGGUCCUCAAUCACAAUUUUGAGAUUGAUUUUAUGUGCGGCUGGACCUUUUGUGACAGAUUUGGUGUUUUAGGGAGCUCAAAAGUUUUGGCAAAAAAAGAGCUUUCUUAUGUUCCUGUGAUUGGCUGGAUGUGGUACUUCCUGGAGAUCGUCUUCUGUAAAAGGAAGUGGGAGGAGGACCGUAAGACGGUCGUGGAGAGCCUGCAGAACCUGCGUGAUUACCCAGAAAAAUUUUGGUUCCUGUUGCAUUGUGAGGGCACACGAUUCACAGAGGAGAAGCACAAGAUCAGUAUGGAGGUGGCAGAGAAGAAAGGUCUCCCCAAACUCAAGUACCACCUUCUACCUCGUACCAAGGGCUUUUGUGUCACAGUCCAGAACCUCAGGGGAACGGUUACUGCUGUGUACGAUUCUACGCUUAAUUUCAGAAACAACGAAAUGCCAAGUUUAUUAGGGGUGCUCAACGGAAAAAAGUACCAUGCUGCUUUAUACGUGAGGCGGAUUCCUCUGGAGUCGAUACCCGAGGACGAGUCGGAAUGUGCCGCCUGGCUGCACAAACUCUAUCAGGAGAAAGACCAAUUCCAGGAGCGUUACAGGCAAAACGGUCAUUUCCCGGGCCCCAUUAUGAAUGCUCCGUGCCGACUCUGGGCCCUGCUGAACUGGUUAUUCUGGGUCUGCUUGCUGGUCUACCCUCUGUGCAUAUUAGCGUUACGACUGCUGGUGUCAGGGUCCACCUUUACCGUGCUCUCUACGUUUUUCUUCUGUAUAACAGCAUCAGCUGGUAUCCGCUGGAUGAUUGGACAAACUGAGAUUGACAGGGGUUCGAACUACGGAAACAAGGAGGUGCAGAUGAACAAUAAGUGAGACGCACCGGAGCAACAGGAUCGUGCUAAACGUACCGUGAUGAACUUAUUGACACGAGGGCAUUUCACAAAACUGCCAUUUGGCAACUAAAACUGCUCACCUGUGUGAAAUUUGAGGAACCAGUGAUGAAAGGAAGGAACUUGAUGUCAACAGUGUAACACUCACGCAAUGUUUUUUUUUAAAGAAACAAGUAGGCGAUUUAAAAAAAGGUCUGUUUAUUUAAUAUUAUUCUUUAAAUAUUGCAAACACUGUUUGAGGAGCAGAGAACCAGCAACAUUGAUGCCUGUGUAAGAGCAUGUUUUCUGUGUCCACCUGUCCUGAGUGCAGCAGCGGAAAGGCGGAGUCAGACUGGCUUCUUUUUCCCUCUCAUUGGUUGGUUAUGCUCUUAUACACUCGGAUCGUAAAGGCACGACGUUGACCGGGAGUCGGCCGGGUCGACGCAGCACAACUAUUCAUAGGCUUAAAUAUGAUUUGUUAACAGUGGGCUCUGCAGCAAGGCAAACAAAAAUACCAUAUUUAACAAAAAAAAAUGAACACAUUUAAACCUCAGGUGUGUAUGUUUUUCUUCAAUGAACACUCAGUCGAUGUAUUGCCGAACUCUCCCUUCUGAUGCUUUGUGCUGUCAGAGAACAACAUCUCCCUUGAACGAAUGUCCUUUGUCUAUGUAUUCCCUGCGACACGAUCACCAAAAUCCAUUUACCAGCCACGAAAAGUGGCUAUUAAACUUCAGCUUUACAGUAUGCUUUGUACAAAGAAAACCCUUAACUAUUCUUAUACAGUAUGUACAAUAUAACGCUCAUAUACGAACAACUCUCUGCUCACGUGACUGUACAUGUAAGACUGGCUCCUUUGUGAGGGGCUUAAGCAGAUCAAGCUUAAAAACAGUUUGUUUCUUCGUCUUCCCCCUUUCAAGUCCAGAGUUCCUUUCAUGCCGUGAAGUAGUGCUAGCAUUUUUGUAAACGUUUGAG